UGUAACAUAAAAAAAAAACUCAAAUAUGAACAUUCCGGCCAACGAGAAAGCCAGUAUAUAUAGGGAAUCUUUUUGCCUCUGUUUUUCCCCAAGUGGGACCCCUGUCAUCGGUCCCUCCCUCCGCCACUCUGUCAGCACUACUUUUUUCUCCCCUCAUCAGUCACCUCACCUCCGCAACAAAACUACCCUCCACCACCAUCCCUUCCGAAAAUGAAAAAUAAGAAAAGUCAGCAAUAUUGAGGGCCAGGAUGCCGCUGUUAUGCUUCGUUAGGUGACGGGCGGGUGAGGUUAAAGGAGAGAAUGGGGGAUGAUGGCCCGAUAGACAAUAACGCGAGGGGGAGAGAGAGAGAGAGAGACACUGCUCUUAUUGCUGCACAGUGAAGUGCAGACGAAACUAACAGUAACUGGGGAAGUAAAGUGAGGAAAAAAAAAAAGCUCUGCGCGGGGAGAGCAGCAGACUUGAUUGACGCCACGGGAGGAGAAUUGUGAAUUGUCAAAGCAGGGGGGGAAAAAAGCUUGGGAGCCGAAAUGGCGGAUGGUGGCGCAUUUUAAGCCCCCGAAGCGUCUUUACGUAGUUGAGGCAAGUGAAAGAGCACUGUGUAUAGCCACUGUCGCGCCGCGUGAAUCAUUGGCGGUGGUGGGGGGCGGAGGAAGUGACGCAAUCACAUUCCGGAAGCAACGUCAGCGUCAACUGGGCCGGGGAGAAAAGAGAAAAAAAGGCACUGUUUCACUCUGCUUUCGUUUUUUUUUUUUUUUUGCUUCCCCUUGCCUUUUAAUUCGCGUGCCCUCCUUUUUCGCCCGCUGUCAGAGAUCCUUUCUCUCCUCUUGAGUCUGUUGUUGUUAGUGUUACCCUCUCUUCUCUUCUCUUCUCUUCUCUUCUCCCCAGCUUAUCUUCCACUGCUGCAUCACAUUUCUCUCCCGAAACCUUCACACCUCAACUUUGCUCGUACGUUUCUACCCUGCCGGAGCCGGAGAUACAUAGCGGAAGGAUAUGUAAGCGCUUACCCUCUCUCUCCCUGUUCGAGUCUCCUUCUUUAGCUCUGCAGAUUGUUUGAUGUUUCCAUACCAAAUUCUGUCGUCGAGUUGUAAUGUUUUCUUCUAAUUAGGAUUUGGUGCUACCGAAAACGAAAUCAAUAGUUUCGUAACCUGCGCCCUAAUCUGUGUCCUUCCCUAGCCUUAUCCACUCUCUCCAUUCGCAGUUGUGUGUGCUUAGACAAGGAUUUUGUGGCUCAGUGUCCAAGCAAUAAGAAAAUCCAACUCGCUUUUUCACUUCAUAGUUGGAAUGUGCAUCACCAGGUUGCAUAUAUAGCAUCAAGUUAUCAUCUUUUUCAUUAACGGCUCCUUCUUUGUCUGGUGUUGGAUUCACAUGGGAAAUCCCCAAUUUUGCUCCUGCCCUUAAAUUAAGCUGGGGUUUAUGUUGAAAAAGGAUAGAGAGGGGAAAGCAACUAUUGGCUUGUAAUCAUGUUGCAACCCUUCAUUGUUUGGUUGCAUCUAUAAUUGGGUUGUUUGUUCACUUCUUUUGAUUGCUCUGCUUGUGCGUGUGUGUUGUUGUUGUUGCAAGGAUGCAGGCUCAUGUGUACUUUUGACGAGGAUGCAGUACUUUUUUCAGUUGCAAUAUGACUUGGGCUGUGGCGUUGGUAUCUGGAAAUGAAGGAGAGGCAGCGUUGGAGAUCUGAAGAGGACGCCUUGCUACGUUCUUACGUCAAGCAGUAUGGCCCAAGGGAAUGGAACCUCAUCUCCCACCGCAUGAACACACCGCUAAACCGCGACGCCAAAUCCUGCUUGGAAAGGUGGAAGAACUACCUCAAACCAGGGAUCAAGAAGGGAUCGCUCACCGAACAAGAGCAGCGCCUCGUCAUCAAACUCCAGGCCAAGUACGGCAACAAGUGGAAGAAAAUUGCUGCUGAAGUGCCCGGAAGAACAGCCAAGCGAUUGGGGAAGUGGUGGGAGGUUUUCAAGGAGAAGCAGCAGAGGGAGAAGAAGGAAACCAACAAGACCGUCGAGCCUGUCGACGAGACAAAGUACGAUCGAAUCCUCGAGAACUUCGCCGAGAAGCUUGUGAACAAGGAAAGAAUCACUAGUAUGCAACCACCUCCUUCAGCAGCAGGGUUCGUCACCAUGGCAACUGCAAAUGGUAGCAGUAGCAGCAGCAGCUAUCCUGCUCCACCAGCAGCAGCUGUCAUGCAGCAGCUGCCGCCGUGGCUAUCAUCGAGCUCCAAUGGCGUUGGGACAGCUGGAGUAAUAAGACCACCAGCCUCCCCAUCCGUAACACUGAGCCUCUCUAGCUCCACCAUGGCACCUGCACCAUCUGUACCGUGGCUCCAUCCUGCUGCUGACCAGAGAGCGCAGGAUAACACUGCACAGAAUCUCGUUUACAGCGUACUGCCUCCACCACAGCCACCGCUGCCUCAUGAGAGCAUGGUGAUAAAUGAGUUGGUGGAAUGUUGCAGAGAGGUGGAAGAAGGGCAUAGGGCAUGGGCGGCGCACAAGAAGGAAGCUGCUUGGAGGCUGAGCAGGGUGGAGUUGCAGCUGGAGUCGGAGAAGUGUUGUAGAAUGAGGGAGAAGACGGAGGAGAUUGAGGCGAAGAUUAAGGCUUUGAGGGAAGAACAGAAGGCUGCAGUUGAUGCGAUCGAGGCUGAAUAUAGGGAUCAGUUGGCUGGGUUGAGAAGGGAUGCUGAAGCUAAGGAGCAGAAAUUGGCCGACCAGUGGGCUGCUAAACAUGGGAGGCUUACCUGUUUUCUAGAGCAGAUGGGUUGCAGCAGAGCCAGGCUCCCUGACCCAAACGCUCGCUGAAUCAGGAAAUAUGACCAUUGUCCAUCUUCUUAGUUUGUGUUUAUGGUAAUGGGACCAAAUGAAAAUGGUUAGGUUUUGACUUUUGAGCAGAGUAUCUGUGUUCAGCAUAUGCUCGUUUUUGUCAUGCAUCCUCCAUUUCAAAUAUAUAUGGUUUUGUUUUCUGGGGCCUCAUAAUUGGAGGUGUACAUGGUUCAGUUGAUUCCACUUUAGUCAUAUUAAUCACCCGACUCAUUCACUUUACUUUUAAGUAAAAAUCAACCUAACAAUAUAAGAAAGAGAAAAAAACACAAUUGUUUUGCACCAUAAAGCAAAAGGCUACUGAAUAUACAUUUAAUAUUCAUUUUUAAGUUGAAAUAUUCUUUAGGGUAGCGAGACUAUGAGAGAAAAAUAUGAUAAUAUAUACUAACUUCUUCAUAAAUAUGCUUAUAUAUGGCACAAAUGUGUUUUUGGAUACAAAGACUUAGAAAAUAGGUGUUGUUCGGGUUGGAGAUUGCAGAUCGACUGACUUUCAGAACAUUGGAAGUGGAAAUGGACUGUUUGUCGCUUGUCCAGAAACUGACGCGAGAAAUGUGCUCGCUUUGGAGAUAGAGGAACUCUGCAAGGAGAUCAGGCAGAAAGCAUUUGAGUCGGAGAGGUUAAUUUAUCGUUUUCGAGUCGGGAACGAAGCAAAUCGGCCCAUAUGUUAGCCUGCACCUUUUGUAACUGGAAGUCUGAAGAAAUUCGGACUCACAGGCCUCCCAUUUUCCUAAUCUCGCUUCUUGAAGCAGACUUUAACGCUAUGCCACCUUAUUGAUUAAUAUAAACCAUGUUUCGUCUAAAAAAUAGCUAAUUAGUACUAGUCAUCGUCUUUGUGAGAUACGACAUCGCUUGGUACUAUAUUGCUUCUAACGAUAGGUACACUUGCCUUAUUUUCGGGCCGGGAACGAAACAAACCGGUCCAUAUGUUAGCCCACACUUUUUGUAACUGGGAGUCCGAAGAAAUUCGGACUCACAGGCCUCCCAUUAUCCUAAUCUCCCUUCUUCAAGUAGACUGUAAGGCUAUACCAGCUCAUUGAUCAAUACAACCAGGUUUCUUCUAAAAAAAAUAGCUAAUCAAUACUAGUCAUUGUCUUUGUGAGAUACGACAUUGCUUGGAAUUAAUUGCUUCUAAUGAUAGGUACACUUGCCUUAGCUAGUCCAUUAGAAAAUAAUGAUCGACUGAGAAGAACACCCAUUUUCCCUCCUUUUCACUUGUUCUUUCCCUAGCUAUGUGCUCCUCUUUUCGUGAUCUUUCUUUCCCGACACAUUGUUUUUGCCUUUUUGGAUGUAUUCCUUCCACACUUUAGAUAUGACUACAAGAUCUCAAUGUGAUAUGAUCCUAAAUAGAUCAAUCUACAAUCCAAAAUUGCUUGAACAAGAAGCAAUCCCACCAACUAACAAAAAUUCUCAAAUUUCGUUAAGUGUUUAUUCUGUUUCAGGAUACCUACUUUGCAAGCCUAUUUCUCACAAUUGGCUCGAUGAAAAUUCAAAUAGAAGGCUUGGAAGUGAAGUCAAGAUGUUUAUCUAUAUAUUGGAAGGUUUAGAAACAAGUCUACAAGGUUGUUUUCCAAGUCCAUCAAGUUGCUAUGUCAAAACCGAGAAACUGCCAGAUUUUGACAAGUAUGGGAGGCAGUUGAGGAACCCAACUUUGAAGGCUUAUUCGAGAUGGAAGGCUGAGAGUCGACUCAAUGUGUUUGUGCCACAUAAAAAUUGAUGUUUUCUACUACAACCGCAAGGCAUUGGAUGAGUGAACACGUACCUGGAAGGCUUCGAAUGGAUUGGUGCAAGAUCGUAUGGAGCAACGAUUGGAAGCCUGCACCUUAAGCAAUCCGAAUCUUUCUCGGAUUAGGAUUACAUCUCCUCUUUGGAUUUGAGCGUGUGGUUUUCGUGUUCUCUUGUAAUUACGUUUUCCUUUUUGUUUGUAGACGUAGCUAGGUCUACUUAAGGUCGUUUCCAUUGCGUUGUAAGGUAGAUUACAUUCAAUUGAAUAAAAACUUCAAAUUUUUUGAUUCACAAGUUUGCUUCGUGAGUUGAUUGAAUUGCUUGGUGGAUUUCGAGUGAUUCGUGUGCUUGUAUCGAACAAGUAAACACCUUAUUCGUGGCUUGGCUUCUACCUAUGUAUUUUAAGCCUUCUCCCUUGUGCGAGAUUGCACGAAAUUGACCAUCCAAAACACUCCAAACAUCACCCUGUUUUCGUGUAUUUUUGUCCGAGGUUCAAUUCAAUCCAAUUGAAUUCAUUCUGAUCAAAAGAGACCCAUCUAGGGCCGGGUCUUUCUCAAAGAUGAUUAUGUUGAAGACUAUAACAUGAGUUAUCUUUAAUCCAUUUUUCUUAUUCUUAACCUAACGUUCAUGCGAUUCAAACAAGAAAAUUGAACACACAGUUUGAGGCUAGUAAAUAAAGCCCAUUAGCUAAAAAUAAGCCAUGACAAAAAGAACUGUAAGAAAUAACUUGUGAGUAUAAGUACGCCUAUUUUAUCUAAAUCAUACGGUACAACUAUUUUAUCAGUUAAUAAUUAAGUGGAUAUUACAAUGCAUGCAUUGUUCACAAUGUAUUGUUUUUUGAAUUUUGUGCACAAAUAAUACAUGCAUUAUUUUUGUUGAUGUUUGGUUGAGAUAGUUAUAAUGCAUACAUUGUCCACAACGCAUUGUAUUUUUUAAUUUUCUGCACAAACAAUAGAUGCAUUGUUUUGCUGAUGUGAUGGAAACUAUCACACAAAAAUGAGUGAUAGUAUUAUCUCUACUAAAACUUGAGAUUGUUGAGAUAGUUUGGGGAGAUUGUUGUGUUCCUUUUUUGUUCCAAUUAUAUCCCUAGUUAUUUAUUUGUAUGUUCUAAUAAAAGAAAGGGUAAUAGUGAUCUUUCGCACAAAAAUAAUAUAACUUGUUGAAUACUAAAAGAACUAUCACCAAAACCAAUAACAAAAAGUACAUUACAUC